AUGGCGACGACCCGCUCUGCCCGCGCCCUCCUGCUGCUGCCGCUGCUGCUGCUGUGCCCGCCGGCGCUGCGGCGGGGGGCGCGGGGCGGCGGGCAGCGCCCGCGGGGCUGUCCGGCGCCGUGCCGCUGCGAGCUGGACGGAGUGCUGCUCCGCGCCGACUGCUCCGACCGCGGCCUCACCGCCGUGCCCGCCAACCUCAGCGUCUUCACCUCCUACCUUGAUCUCAGUAUGAACAACAUUACUAAGCUGCCCUCAAACCCUGUGCACAAUCUCCGCUUCCUGGAAGAGCUACGUCUUGCAGGAAAUGGCUUGACAUACAUUCCUAAGGGAGCGUUUGCUGGCCUUUUCAGUCUUAAAGUGCUGAUGCUGCAGAAUAACCAGCUACGCCAGGUUCCUACCGAAGCACUCCAGAACCUGCGCAGCCUGCAGUCUCUGCGUCUGGAUGCCAACCACAUCAACUAUGUACCCCCCAACUGCUUCAAUGGCUUGGUCUCCCUUAGACACCUGUGGCUAGACGAUAAUUCCUUGACAGAAAUCCCUGUCCAAGCUUUUAGGAGUUUACCAGCACUUCAGGCAAUGACAUUGGCGCUGAAUAAAAUUCAUUACAUACCAGACUAUGCCUUUGGAAACCUCUCCAGUUUGGUAGUUCUACAUCUCCAUAACAAUAGAAUCUAUUCCCUGGGAAAGAAAUGCUUUGAUGGGCUCCACAGCCUAGAGACAUUAGAUUUAAAUUACAACAGUCUGGACGAGUUCCCCACUGCUAUCAGGACACUAACAAACCUAAAAGAACUGGGAUUUCAUAGCAAUAACAUCAAGUCAAUACCUGAGCGUGCAUUUGUGGGUAAUCCUUCACUUAUUACAAUACAUUUUUAUGAUAACCCUAUCCAGCUCGUUGGAAAAUCUGCUUUUCAACACUUACCAGAACUAAGAACUCUGACUUUAAAUGGUGCUUCACAGUUAACAGAGUUUCCUGAUCUGACAGGGACUACAAGCCUGGAGAGCUUGACACUCACAGGAGCACAGAUCACCUCUCUCCCCAAAUCAGCUUGUGACCAGUUACCUAAUCUCCAAGUGCUAGAUCUGUCUUAUAACCUGCUGGAAGAUUUACCCUGUUUUACUGCAUGUAAAAAACUGCAAAAAAUUGACUUGCAUCACAAUGAAAUCGCUGAAAUCAAAGCAGACACGUUUCGGCAGCUGGCUGCUCUUCGGUCUCUGGAUUUAGCUUGGAACAAAAUUAAAAUUAUUCACCCCAAUGCCUUUUCCUCUCUACCAUCUCUGAUCAAACUGGAUGUGUCAUCCAACCUUUUGUCCUCUUUUCCUGUGACGGGGCUACAUGGUUUAACUCAUUUAAAAUUAACAGGAAAUCAUGCCCUACAAAGUUUGAUAACAUCUGAAAAUUUUCCAGAACUCAAGGUUAUGGAAAUGCCUUAUGCCUAUCAAUGCUGUGCCUUUGGAGCUUGUGAGAACCACUACAGAAUCUCCAGCCAAUGGAACAAAGAUGAUAAUAGCAGCAUUGAUGACUUUCAUAGAAAGGAUGCUGGACUGUUACAAAUUCAAGAUGAACGUGAUUUUGAGGACUUUUUUCUUGACUUUGAAGAAGAUUUGAAAUCUCACCAUUCAGUGCAAUGUUCACCUUCCCCAGGUCCCUUCAAACCCUGUGACCAUCUCUUUGGUAGCUGGCUGAUCAGAAUUGGAGUGUGGACCAUAGUGGGUUUGACCUUUAUUUGCAAUGCAUUGGUGUCUGCUACAGUUUUCAGAUCUCCAUUGUAUAUGUCCUCCAUAAAACUUUUGAUUGGUUUAAUAGCCAUUGUAAAUGCCCUGAUGGGUCUGGCAAGCGGAGUACUGGCUAGUGUGGAUGCAUCCACUUUUGGUAGCUUUGCUCGGUAUGGAGCACAGUGGGAAAGUGGAAUUGGUUGCCAAAUAACUGGCCUUCUCUCCAUUUUUGCUUCAGAGGCUUCCAUAUUCCUCCUUACCCUAGCUGCGCUCGAACGUGCAUUCUCUGUAAAGCAUGCUACAAAGUUUGAAACAAAAUCCUCCAUUGCUAGUGUAAAAAUUGCCAUUUUCUUUUGCUUUAUGUUGGCACUAAUCAUUGCGGUGAUACCUCUUCUCACUGGAAGUGAGUAUGGGGUUUCUCCGCUUUGUUUGCCACUCCCGUUCGGCGAGUCCACUGCUAUGGGCUACAUGGUAGCACUGGUAUUGCUGAACUCCCUUUGCUUUCUGGUAAUGACUGUUGCUUAUACAAAGCUCUACUGUAGUUUAGAAAAGGGAGAACUAGACAACAUUUGGGAUUGCUCUAUGGUCAAACAUAUAGCCUUGCUACUUUUUACUAAUUGCAUUCUUUAUUGCCCUGUGGCCUUCUUAUCUUUUUCCUCCUUAUUAAACCUCACUUUUAUCAGCCCAGAAGUGAUUAAGUCAAUACUUCUAGUGAUUGUCCCACUGCCAGCAUGUCUAAACCCACUGCUUUAUAUACUUUUCAAUCCACAUUUUAAGGAGGAUUUGGGAAGUCUGCGAAAGCAAACUUUGAUAUGGAGGAGAUCAAAACAUGCUAGUCUGAUCUCUGUGAAUUCAGAAGACAUAGAAAAACAAUCUUGUGACUCAACACAGGCACUGGUAACCUUCACUAGUGCCAGCAUAUCAUAUGACAUGCCCACCAGCAGUUCGCUAAUGCCACCCACUUAUCAAAUGACAGAAGGCUGCAACCUUUCGUCAGUUGCAUUUGUUCCCUGUCGCUAGUUGCAGAAACAGUACAGAAAAUACCUCUGUUUACAAAAUUUUCAAUCCCAAAAGUAAGCGUGGAUGUGUGCGUAUGAGUGUAGAGAGUGCCUCUAAAUUAUUGACACAUCUCAGAAAACAGCUGAUGACAAAACUUGCAGCAGGCCUAAAAUCCAGUACUUGAGCCUGCUCAGCCUGCUCCCAAAAUGCUGAAAUAAAGAGAGGAAAUGAAAGCUGCUGAAGUUUGUGCAGUUGUAUCAGCUGCUCUCUUUUAAAGUGGCACUACUCAGAAAGGACAUCAAGUUGGUCAAGAACAAAAAUAGCAUAUUAAAUUUGUAACAUUUUUUCAAAGCAUCACCUGAUGUUUUCAGAGGUUGGGUUAUUUUUCCCUGUUUAUUGCAAUUUGGCUUUAAUUAUAGUUUUUCAGUGCCAUGAUUGUUUUUUAUAAGCAUCUGUGUUUGGCCUUUGUUCAGCAAAGUAUCUAAGCGGAAGAGUCGUCCUGGUCAAGUCCUAAAGGUUUCUGCAGAAUACCCUUUGAUGAUGUUCCAUGUUUGAUAAAGCUGAUUAAAUGGUUUAACUGGCAUUGGGUUUGGGGUUCGGAAGUCUUCUAACUUGACAAAACAUUUUUAAUUGUCAGCAGAAGCUAAAAAAUUAACAUGAUGUGAAAGAAGUUAAUCAAAACCCUGUUAAGCAUUUAAAAUAUAAUUGUAAAUGGCAAGGCAUUGUCACAUGAGUAUUUUUCUAAUGAGGUUCUGCACAGUUUGGUCCUGAAUUGCUUUCAUGCCAGUAAAAUUACUCCCAGAAUUACUUUGAUAAAAUUGGCAGAUGACUCAUUUAAUCUGAAGGUGGAAAUUACUACAUAGAAAGUCAUCAAUAUAAAAAAAUUGGCAUGCUGAGAACUAUUAAAGGACACCAAAGACACUCAGACAGAAACGUUCAUUUAAGGUAAUUUGUCUAGGAACAAAAACUGUAAUCCUGCUCAUGGCAUGAUCUCUGUCUCAUGAAUCAGACAGAGUGAUUCUAGAAAGCUGCUAGUUCAUAGUAUCUAGUCAGUUAAGAUUUAGAGGUUACUGUGUCCUUUUGGAUAAGGAUAGCCAAUAUCCUUAGCUAAGGCAAGAUCAAGUAGGAGUGAAGAGAUUGUGUAAUCUGCGUUCUUAGCACUGAUGCAAGCACUCCCGGGAUAUUUCAAAUGCUUAUAGCAUUCACAUGUUGUAAAGAAUAUUGUGAAAUUGGAGAGGGUAUGAAUGUCAUAAAUUUAAAAGAACUUAAGAAAUAAAUUAUUUGAUCAGCGUUUAUAAGUAGCUGCUUCUGCAAUACAGAAGUUUGAAGGCAGAGGACUACUCAUCUGAGAGGAGAAAAAUCUGGUAUGGUCAACUGGAUAUUGAUAUUAGGCAUAUUGCAGUAUAGGAAUAAAGGUGAAAAUAGUUGACAGAGAUGGUCAUUAGCUAGUGAAAAUACUGUCACCAAAAAUCUCUACAUUCAUAUUGGAUAUAUUGCCAAAAAAGAUACUGGAGUAGCUGUUGAAAUUCAGGGACUUCUGAUGG